UCUUCCUCUCUCUCUCUCUGUCUCUCUCUCCAUCCCUCCCCUAACAUCUUGGCCUCAAUCGUCAUCCCUCGAAGCGCCGACGAACGGCGAGCAGGAGAGGCAGCGACCAAAUAGCAGUAACCGAGCAGUAGCUCCCGGUGAGCGGCGCGGCAGCAGCGAGGUACCAGGCAGCUGUCGUUGCGAGUUUCUUGCAAAUGGCUGGGAGAGGUCAGAUCCGGACGAAUAACUCUGCCCUUAUAGCUAUGAUUGCAGAUGAGGACACUGUUACUGGAUUUUUGAUGGCUGGAGUUGGCAAUGUUGAUCUACGGAGAAAGACAAAUUACCUUAUUGUGGACUCAAAAACUACUGUGAAAGCUAUAGAAGAUGCAUUCAAAGAGUUCACCUCAAGGGAGGAUAUUGCUGUUGUGCUGAUUAGCCAAUAUAUUGCAAACAUGAUACGGUUUCUGGUGGAUAGCUACAACAAACCUGUUCCAGCUAUCUUGGAGAUUCCCUCCAAGGAUCAUCCAUAUGACCCUGCACAUGAUUCGGUUCUUUCCCGAGUGAGGUACCUCUUCUCUGCAGAAUCAGUAGCAUCAGGACGGCGCUGAUUUAAAUCUCUCUUUAAUGGAUGAAAUCCGUGCUUCACUAUUCGCGGUUGGUUUUUUCUCUCUUAAUUUUUAAUAAGCUUCCAUUCGUUUUUGAAUGACCAAUUCACCUUGAUCUGCUGGAAGCAUUUCUGAGACCAAAUUGUUCCAGAGUUAUGAUGAUGACAGAUUACUCAUGUAUUCUGUUAUGCUCCUGUACUUUUAUUCUAACAAUCUCUGCUAUUAUUCCAGAAUUUAAACGCAUAAAAUAUUAUAAUAAAUGAUCACAUUUCAUUUA